AUGGCUCCUCGCUCUCGACCAGAAGCGCACCUCUCGCCGCCCGUGGUGGGGACUUCGCAGAGGGGAAGUCCUAGCGAUCGCAGCGACAGGUCGGAUCGCAGUGCUGAUUCGUCCGAGAGGAGCUACACCAACAGCCUGCGCAGCACCGAUUCCAGGCCGGCUCGGAAGAGAGCGAGCAAGCCAAAGGUCCGAACAGGAUGUAUCAACUGUAAGAGAAGACAUGUGAAAUGCGACGAAGGCGAACCUUCAUGUGCUCAAUGUGAGCGACUCGGCAUCCCCUGUGAGGGCUACGCUCCGCCAAAAGUCAAGCGGUCCAUGGUCCGUUCUGAGCGUCCGCUGCUGCCGAAGCUAGCAUCGUCGUCACAGCCGCCAACGAGGACGCAUACACGUUCUCUUCAGCCCGCCAGCUCUAACACGUCAAUUCUGCCCAUGCCAAGCUUCGGGUUCGAACUCGUCGAUGAGGAUGGAUGGUAUUUCGCUCUAUUCCGAGACCAGGUGGCACACGAGCUGUCGCCGUACUCCCCGUCCAACUUCUGGUCUCAGACGUCUCUGCGGGAUAGCAUGGUGAACAAGUGCAUCCACCACUCGAUCCUCAGCAUAGGUGCCUACGCCCGCGCCGUGGUCGAGCUGAAGGAGGAAUACCCGUGGAAUCCCAACAUGUCUCGUCCGUGGUGGCCGCCCUCUGUGCUGAACCGACACCACCAAGCCGCGCUCGUACACCACGCCAAAGCACUGUCGUUCCUCCGAUCCGACAUUGAGAUGUACGGAAUCGACGGGCGCACGACCAUGGCGGCGACCCUUCUGUUCAUCGUCUUCGAGAACAUGCAGGGCAACUACCACAGCUCGGGCAAUCUCAUCCGGAGCGGGAUCAAGGUCCUCACCAACAUACGCGGCACCAGCAGCGGGCCGGAGUCGACGCUGCGGCACCAGCGGAACCGCUACCUGGUCACGGCCCCGGACGAGGUGGACGAAAUGGCCGACAUGUUCGCGCGGCACAGCAUCAGCAGCGCGUACAUGCCCUUCGCGCAUGGCAAAUGUGCAUACCACCUCCUCUUCACCGAGGACGACGAGUUUGAUGGUGAUGACGACGACGAGGACGACGACCUGCCGGAGCCGUUCGCCUUCAACGUCCCGCAGAAUUGGGAGGAGGCGCGCCGCAACUGGGACUACCUGCUCCCGCUGCUGGCCAACUUCCACACCAGGUCGGCCUGGCACCACAUGAACCCGGACUACGACUUCGACGAGGCGGCCGCGCGCCGCCAGCAGGCCAUGUACCUGGCACAAUUACAAGACUUCGGCGAGGCGCUGGACUCGCAGGCCCUCCAUUUUUCGUCAACAAGCACAAACACAUGCGACUGGGGGCGCGAAACCGAGAUCGAGACAACCCGACAAUGCCAGGGCCUCGAGCUGCUGCGCCUGCACCACCUCUUGGCCGUCGUCUUCAUCUCGUGCUGCCUCGACGCGACCGAGGUUGCUUAUGAUGACUUCCUGCCGCAGUUCGACGACGCCAUCGAUCGCAGCCGCCGCAUCAUCAAUGCACGAUUAUCGUCAUCGUCUUCGUCAUCAUCAUCAACAUCAUCAACCGGUGGUGGGCGCUGCUCGUCGUCCUCGCGCCCGGCGACUACGACGACGACGACGGGUUUUACCAACGAGGUCGGACUGCUGCUGCUCCUCGCCUUCGUGGGCGCCAAGUGCCGCGCGCGCCGCGUGCGCGCCGAGGCGCUGGACCUGAUCAGCCGCGUCGACUGGCGCGAGGGCGCGUGGGACGGCACGAGUCUGGGGAGUGCGCUGGCGGGGCUGGUGCGGCUUGAGGGACAGGGACAGGGACAACAGAUUCAUCAUGCUGAUGUUGUUGAUUGUCGGCAGCAGGAGGCGGCGCGUCAACUGGGUAUUAUGGAUGUGAACGUGGUGGACGUGCCCCCGGAGGCCCGGUUCACGCUGACGAAUAUGUUUUGGGACUUUGAUAAGCGGUGCAUGAGCGUCGAGUACACGAAGUGUCUGCCGAACGACGGCACGGGGGAGUUUGAGAGGGUGUCUUGUGUGAUGGCUGCUUGA